CUUCCUGUGUGCUGCAACUAGAUAUCUACACCCAAAGAAAAAUAAAUUUUUUAAACAACCAUAGCACGUUGUGUUUUACAGUUCGUAGAGCUAGAUAUUUGUCACAGGAUUGAACCAAAAUGUUAGAGAGCAGGUCACUAUAUGGAGGUCUUUUCCUGUUGGCCAUAAUUGCUACUUGUUGUACAGGCCAGACGGACCUCUGUGCGGCCACAGAUGCUCAAAUCUCGUGUGACAAUUGUCUAGCGGCAAGUGGCGAUUGUGUCUGGUGUCCAUACACACCGUGUCAAAAUAGCACCUUGAACCGAGUGACUCACUGCUAUAGUCGGACCAGUGCCUUCAUUUGCCCCGAACCAGUGGUUGACCCGCCCGCUGUAGUCACCAACACUCAGGAUGCCAACUUGUCUAACGAGUCCCUGACUGGAGUGGAGAGCAUACAAGUGAGUCCGCAGAGAGUGCGUAUGGAACUAAGAAGAGGUUCCCCCCAGUCCUUCAACAUGUCCUUCAUUGCCCUGCGUAACACUCCUCUCGACGUUUACUUCCUCCUCGAUGUGUCAGCGUCUCUAGUUCAAAUUUUCACAGCCCUACGAGAUAACCUUCAAGAAAUCGCCAGCUCCAUUGGUCGGAUAUCUUCAGCCUACCAGAUCGGGAUUGGCGGUUUCAUAGACAAGGACGUGUUCCCCUAUGGAGGAACAAAUAACUACUUCGUCAAAUUUCGCAAUGCAACCAUUUGUCGCCAGGAAGGCGGGGUUUGUGAUUUGCCAUUUGGGUAUCGUCAUUACCUCAAGCUGACUAACGACACCUCUAAAUUCCAGGAUGUUCUAGACAAUAAUAUUACCCUGAGGGUCAAUGCUGACUCACCAGAGGGUGGGCUCGACGCUCUCAUGCAAAUAGCUGUCUGUGAUGACAUCAUCGGGUGGAGAGAAAGCUCUCUGAAGAUGGUGUUCCUAAUCACUGACAACGACUUCCAUAUUGCAGGAGAUGGUUACCUGGCUGGGCUGGUGAGGCCUAACGAUGCAUUGUGUCACAUGGAAAGGAUCCCUAUGCCUGGCUUCGAGGAACAAUUUGAGUACACAUACUCUCGUCUUCAGGACUAUCCUUCAAUCUCCCAACUCCGAACUGUCCUGGAGAGGGAACUGAUCGUACCAAUUUUUGGGAUUCAACAGUCACAACCACAGGAUCCACGUAUUCUGGUAUACGAAAACUUAGCAGCUGCCUAUCCGACGGUUCAAGCUAGUGCCAUUCCAAUUGUGCUUGGUUCCGGUUCAACCUCAAGUACAAACCAGACCACCGCUGAGCUUAUCAUCGAUCUAAUCAACAAUGCUUACGAGGCGACCGCCCAGACGAUCCAGGUGGUCACCCCUACUAUCGAUGGGUACACUAUCACUGUGGAUCCCCUCGACUGUCCAAUGAUAAUUAUAACUGAUGAAGGAAGAAGAAGUUGUCGGGUAACACUUGACGAAAUCAUCACCUUUAAGGUUACCGUGGAGCUCACCGAUUGUAGUGCAGGAAGUCAGACAAUUCAACUUCGUGGUGCUCCCUAUGAGUUCUCAACCAUCGAUUUGGAGCCAGUGUGCACGUGUGGCUGCUCUCAGACUAAAGAUAAUAACAGUGAGUGCUGUAAUGACAUUGGCACUCUCGUGUGCGGAAGGUGUGACUGCAACUCAGACGUCACGGGGCGCUUCGGUUACCAGUGUGAGUGUGACGAACCGGCCAUAGCUUGCCCUAUGUUCAAUGGCACGGAGUGUGGUGGUGAGAUGAGAGGUAUGUGCAGUGGCUGCGGUGUCUGUAUCUGCAACCCUCCAUUCUUUGGACCUGAGAAUGGCUGCAGAUGUGAUGAUGCCUCCUGUAACUGUAAUGGCCGAGGGUCUUGUGUAUGUGGUGUACCUCCGGAGUGUGCAUGUGAUGCUCUAGCUCCUGUAUCUCAGGAGCCGUAUUUUGGUCCCACUUGUGACUGUAAUCCUGACAUCUGCUUCAAUACUAACUGGACCAGUGAUGGAAGGAAAGCUGAACUGUGUCAAGUGGCAAAUAAUCGCAACAACAGUGGGAUGUGUGCGUGUACUGGGUGUCAAUGUGGACAAACUGCCACCGGUACGGCGGAUCUACAGAGCGGGGAUGGUCUAUGUCUGCCCAUGAAUCUUUGCGAUUUUUUCGCUCCUUGUGUAAGCUGUACUAUUAGUGGGGAGAAUUGCCCCGACCUCCUUUGCUCCACCCACCCCAGCUACUUACUGCGGAGAAGUGAUGAAGUCUCUGACAGCAACACAGACCAGUACUUUUCCAACCCCUGCAAUGCUAUCGUAGGGGGGUGUACCUAUGAAUUCUCCGUUGGCCGACCAUCAUUUGCGUACAAUUUACCGGUGCUUAUUUUUGAAGACACUAUGGAUUGUGGACAACUACCAUCUUGGGCCCCCUAUACGAUAGCUGCUGGCAUAGUUCUACUUAUUAUUGUGCUGGGUUUGCUCAUCCUCUGUCUGCUCAAGAUCGGUUUCGUUGUUUGGGAUAAAAAGGAGUACGGGAAGUUCACUGCAGAGCUACAGCAUGCUGACUUCGCACCUCAUGAGAAUCCACUGUACCUGACACCUCAGCAAGAUUACCCAAAUCCCAUCCUGAGAAGACACUCAUCCAAGCGCAGCAAGUAAAUACCGUAACAAUUGAUUCAUGAAAUAACUUGCUUCCUAGUACCUUUUUAGCACUAAGUGGAUUUUUUCUCUCAUUAAAUUUAUCUUUUAUAAUGUAUUAGCUUAAUUUUAGUCUGCAUGGUUGCAUCAAUGUAUUUUCUAGUGCCACACACACACACACACACACACUACACGCAUUGAGGACCGUCUCAUCACUGUACAACCAAUAUUGAACUCAGUC